AUGGAGAACUACCCACCAAUUGCAGGAAAAGAAAAAGGACCAGGCCCUGGUCGUUAUGGGCUUCCUCCCACUAUUGGAUUUAUUGGCCAUGACUUUACGAAACCAACAAGUCCAGCAUAUUCCUUCCAUGGUCGGAUGAGUAAUAAUAUGUACUCCGUUGACUCAAGUCCAGGGCCCAUGUAUUAUAUAAAUGCCAAAAUGACUCGUUUUGGGAAAGAUGGGACACCUGCAUACUCAAUGUUUGGCAGAAUGAAAUCCCAAAAGGAACUCCUGCAGACCCCAGGCCCAGGCACAUACAGCCCUGAAAAGGCCCCACCAUGUAACCUUCAGCGGCGGCCCGCUCGCUACACCAUGGGCUCUCGCACACUGUAUCGGACUGUGGAUGCAGUGCCUUCCCCCAAUAAGUACUGCCUGCCUCCACUUUUGGGACCCCAUGUCCCAAACAAGCCAGCCAGUGCAUGUUACACCAUGUCCGCAAGCUAUCCCUCCGGAGGACCAGCUGUGGACCUGGCAAAGACCCCAGGACCAUGUGGAUAUAAUAGCACAGAUCCAAAUGUUUACCUGCCUCGCCAGCCAGCAUUUUCAAUUCUGGGGCGUCACACUUUACCAAAGGAUCACACCAGGAAACCAGGUCCUGGGACAUACAACCCUGAAGCUGUGACAGUCCACAUGGCUCGGGCUCCUGCACACUCCUUAGGCAUGAGACACUCAGAAUUCAUCACACCACUCAUCAUACAUUUACCUGAUUGA